UGGAGCAGUAGUUACAGGAAGUGGUUGGGUGUUUGUCUCCUCCUACACACAGAUACGAGGAGGGAGAGGUGAGGUCUGUGUGAAUAAAUACCAGCGUCACAUUCACAACAGCAAAGGGAUCGUGUCUACUCAGGACAUUCAUCCAGAGAGGAAUCCACCCUGACUCAGCUACGUAAGCCACAGACACCAUGGCAGAUUCCAGAUUUCAGAGGGAGUUCCUGGAUGCACACAACACAUACAGGAAACUGCACGGUUCGCCGCCCCUGGUCCUCAGCAGUGAGCUGAACGCUGCAGCUCAGAGGUGGGCUGAGCACUUGCUGUCACUGGGCCUACUGAGUCACAGUGACACAUCGAAUGGAGAGAACAUCUACACAGCCAUGAAAUCAGACCCACUUACAGCAAAAGAUGCAGUAGAUGCAUGGUACGAAGAGGUGAGCAACUACAGCUGGAGCAGCCCUGGAUUUAGAAGCAAUACAGGUCAUUUCACUCAGGUGGUGUGGAAAGAGAGCGCUCAACUGGGCGUGGGCGUGGCCACCGCUGGCACCAGGUCCUAUGUGGUUGCUCAGUACCAUCCGGCCGGCAACAUGACAAUGCCUGGAUUCUUCGAGAGGAACGUCCUCCCGAAAGUGACUGCUUAAUGAAAACGUGUUUAGCUUUAACUGAAGUGUUUCCCCUCACUGCAUGUACAGUAGAUGCUACAGCCUCAGUCACUGGGGACACAUGCAUCUUCCCAUGCACGUGGCAUAUUUCUGGCACAUUUAUAUGUGCGUUUGAAUGCUAUUUUUCCCGCCUGCAGCAGCAGCAGCUUCAGGUGAUGUUGCUUUGCCAGUUUAACCCUUUGCAUGCCUCAGCCACUUUCCUGCAUAAAGGCUAUGACUUUUACAGGCAGCAGUGGAGGGAGUGGAUCAAACAACUCAUCCAGCGGAGGUGGAGCUACGACAACGUCUCACAAGGAGUGCACACUGCUAUAGACAACCUGGACCAUCACUGUAGCCAGCAUCCAACACACCACUUCUUUAUAUACCAAGUUGUGCAUGAAAAGAACAGCAUUUCAUGUAUUAUUGUUUUCUUCAUAGUGAUAUUCAAUAUAAAGUCAACAUGCUCAAAAAGAACAUAUUCAAACAUGUUGUAUUUAAGUAUACAAUACAAUAAAGGUUUCUUCUCUAUUUUA